ACUAGUUCCCCAGCCCAUGAUAGGCCUUGUUCUGAGAAUGUGAAAAGCCACUCCCAUAUCCAGCCUUUCUCAGCUGUUGCAGUAACUUCUGUGCCCAGCUUCCUCUCAUUUCACAAGAUGCCACAGAGAACAGGUGGGGCAUGGCUGGGGUUCAGGACUUGGGGUUAAUUACUUACUGGUUAAUGUUGAGUGCAAAAGGCUUAUUGGUGUUCUGCAGGAAAAGCCAGUCAGCAGGUAAGUAUAUUACUAUUGUGUUAGGAAGAUAGUGUAGGUACACUUCUCAGACUCAUAGAAAAACUCAGAAAUUCACCUGAGGUUGGGGAGCCCUUCCAGGUUAACAUCUCUGUGGAACAUUUUCCGUUCUCUCCUCACCCUUCUGGAACUCAGCCUCUGAGAUUAUUUUGUCUGUAAAUCACCAGUCACUAAAGGAAAGUCUUCAGCAAAAAAGGCCCUGUCUCUGGAGUACACAUAGAACCACUUUCUGAAGAUGUUAUAAAGCCUUAAGCAUUCCAGCUUAUUACAAAAUUGAUCUGGGCAGUCAUAAGCACCUUACACUUUAUAUACCUUCCUAAAGCAGAUAAGUACACCAGGAGUGCUCACAGAGGGCAACAGGACCAGAACUAAACAAACAAAGUGAGAUUAUCCCCAAAGAGUAUGGAGGUACCAAGACAUCUAGGGCCUGGUCCAGAAGCUAUCCAGAUUCUUCUUUACCCUGUGCAUAUCAGCACACCACAACAGUUUUUGUGCCUGGUGCUGUUUGUAUUCAGUGUAGGACUUCAUACAAAAAAAAAUGGCCUUUGGCAGUGGACAUCAUGACAAGGGGGGAGGCACAUAAUGUAGGGAGGUAAAUGUCAGAUAAAUGGGGUUCAGAUCUCAGCUCUUCCAUUGUGUAUAUCCUCCAGCAAGUUACUCAGUCUCCUUUGCCUGUUUUUCCUCAUCUCAAAAUUGAAGAUGAUAGUAACGGUUAAAUUAACUACUGCAUAUAAAGCACUUAAAAGAGCACUUCCACACAGUGAAUGCUCAAUAAAUGCUAUUAUUACUUGGGAAAGACAACUAAAAUACAAUUGCAACCAAAGACUGAAAAUCAGAUAUUCAGUAAUGCUCAGAGUUUAGAGUUAGCUGUGAUUUGGUACAUACAGAUGGAGAAGUUAGUAUCUGCAGCUAUAGAAUUUUGCGUAAAAAUAAACCUUCCUUACAUUUGUAGAGUUUUACAGUGAUUAAUUCUUAUAAUAACCAAGGGAGGUAAGUAUAAAAAGUCUUCUCAUUGUUGGCUCUCAAAAUUCAUCUUUCUUCAGAUCCAGCAACUCCUUCAAUUUAGAGAUGGUUACACAAUGAGUAAAACUAGAUCUAGAGGGAACUGGAAAAUACUUCUGGAGCCAAAAUAAAAAUCAGGAUGUUUAUUACAAAACAUAAUCAUUAUUCAUUAAAGAGCUUCGGUAUUUGGUACAAUUCUGUUUCACCUGUAGCUGGAGAACUUCAUCGCUCUUGGGUCCUUACAGAUUGGUUUUACCAUUGUUUCACUCUUAGCAAGAUGCAGGACCUAAAGCAUUUCACUUGUGUAUCUGGACAGUUUCUCUUCCUUGGACCACUGUUGCAUCUUUUUCUGAAUCUCCUCCUCCCAAGCAUGAGAAAUAAAGCAGGACUCCUGAACCAGUGCUUUGCAGGAACACUGCUUUGACUCCUGGAAGAUUCUGUCAGUUCAUUCCCUCACAGGCAUGUAGGAGUAAUGCAUAUAUAAUUUCAGUCAGUGAGCCAGAUGUGAAAUCCAUCACUGGGAGCCAUGGGAAGGAUCUAGGAUUCUAGAUUUGUUGCAAGAGUGUACUUAGUAGGCAAAAAAGGCAUAUACCACAGGAUGAUUUAUGCCUAUUCUUUGGUGUAGACCUUUCUAGUUUAACAGAUUGUCUCCAAUUAGAUUAUUGGAGAACAACCCUGGGAACUUUGAAUCAAGGAAAGCAUUCAUUAUAUCAGAUAUGACAAAGCAAGAAGAGAUUUUGUCUUCUUAUAAAGCCUGAAUAGUAUCCCCAGUAUGGAAUUUUAAGAAUGCAGUCAUGGACAGAAGUUAUAGAUUGAGACAAAUACCCAAGUUUCAAAUUGUCCUAGAAGAAACUGCAUGCCAGACUGGUAAAUUUAAUUUUUAAAAUAUUCAUUUCAGCCGGAUCAAUUUACAAACACACUGACACACCCAUGCACAUGCAUUUCCUACGCCUUCAGAGUAAAGAGAAACUUCAGUUAGUACUUAUCUCAAGAUAUAAUUUACUUUUUUUCACCAUUAGUUUUUUAAACAGCCUUGAUCUAAAUUGUAGAUUGUGGGUUUUUUAUGUUGUUUGAAAUCUAAGAGAGGUGCCUUUCUUUGUACUGGAGUGAAGUAGAAAGUGAACCCAUGACUAGAAAGAUAAUAUCAAGUCAGAUAUUGUGAACAUACCUCGGGGAGAUAACAACAGGAUAACAAGGAGGCCAGCAAACAGGCCAGUCUGGGAAAGCAUGGGGUUAAAGAGCUCUACAUGGAAGCAGAUUUUUUAAAACCCACUCCUUCCAAGUCCUUCAGCUCGAGCUGCUGCCAAAUAUUUGCAUAAAGAGCUAGUAAAGGAUUCCAGCUUCCUGGUUCAUGACAUUACAGCAUGGAUUAUUUUCAAAAUUAACACCACCUCCCGUUUCAGCAAUGGCUGAUUGUGCAGUUCUCCCAGUGGCUCAGUAUACAGGACUGUCUGAAGGCAGCAGUAUCCACCCUUCAGACCCAGUCACACCAUCUUCUGCAGGACUCUGUUUUGAGCCUGAACCAUUAUCUUCCACACCCAGUUAUUUUCAACCCCAAGAAUAUUCCACUUGGAUUUCUUGUGAAGAAAACCCCAAUUUCCUGGACCAGAUCUUCAAUUCCUACCUUCAGCCUGAAACACUCUCAGAGCCUUUGCUCAACUCCACACAAAGUGCUCCUCACUAUCUGCCGGACAGCAUCCAGGCCAGCCCUUUCUGCUUUAACCAGAGCCUGACCCUGGGAUCGCCUUCAGAUUCCUCUACUCUCUCUGGCUCCUUAGACUACAGUUACUCGCCAGCUCAGCCGCCUUCAUAUGCUUCAGAGAAUUAUAGUUCUCCCCCUUCUCUGGACACCCUAAACCAUGGCUACCCCCAAGAAGACUACUCUUACUACCACUUGCCCUCACACGCCCAGUACAACUGCUUCUCCACUGCCACCACCUCAGUCUGCUACUGUGCGUCUUAUGAGGCAGAGCCCUUGGAGGCCCUCAAAACAGCAGAGUACCUCUAUCCAGGCACAGACUGUGUGGACUUUACCCCCUUAGCAGCCACCACCAGUGAUUUCUAUAAAAGGGAAACAAACUGUGACAUAUGCUAUACUUAAUAGAAAUUCCAUGACUUGGAACAUGGCACAGGUAUAGCUAUUUUUCUACCACAUAUAGAUGACACUUCAAAAUAUGAAACCCAUUAACAAAAUAUCACAGACAUGGUUGAUGUCACUGUUUCCAUUUUCUGAUGCUAAUGUCAGGAUUAAAUAUCAAGUCCUCAAACCUGGUCAUAGUGCCGAGAGUUACAAUUUUUGUAGGUGACUUUCCAUUUACUUUUCUGUGUAACCAACAAAUUCUGUCUCUUUUUUAAACUAAUAAACAACUUUGUAUUAUUAUAUUUGGGUUAUUUUUUAAAUUUCUAAUUGUAGUUUCUGCUUGAUUUGAAUAUUAUUAAUUAAACCAGGAAAUCAUCAAUUACACUAGAGUGGUUCAUCUUAGUUAUUCAU